CACAGAGGUCUCUACAGAACCUAUGGAGUUAUGAUGGCUGUGGUGCUGCUGCAUGGAGGAGUGUUGCCUUCUCUUUCCGGAGAGGCUCUACCAAAACCUCUGCUCUACACCCACAUUACCACCCGCUCUCAAAGAGGUAGCAGAUCCAGAUUUGCAGUGGAAACUCAGAAAGAUCAGUGAGGCCGGUGAUAUAACAGAGGCUAGAGCUGCCAUUGAGGAAGCUGCAGAGAGCCUGUCCUUGUUGGGGUCCCUGAGGCGUCUCACCACCGUGGAGGGACGGGACCGGCUGGUUCAGGCUGCCACAAGUUUCUACGUGGAAGGACAAAAGAAGCCUCCCAACAAGCUCCAGUGCUUGGACCAGAUUUGACUUAUGUUUUGAGGAAAAUGCUUGGACUUUCUGAAGGACUGAACACACUUGGUCUCCUGGACCUGAUGAAAAUUCACGCCAGCAUCUUGAAGGAGGUGUUUUCUUCAUCUGAGAGGCCUCUAAAGGCCACAGACUUGAUCUCCCUGUUCCAAGUGACACUGUCCCCUCCUGGAAGCAACCGGUGGCGCCUGGAGAAGAGAGUGGAAGGGUACUGGAGAGACUUUCUUCUAGAUGUGGAGGAUGGUGUGUUUGAGGUCACAAUGGAGCAAAUUUUGGUGUUUGCCUCUGGAGCCGACAGAGUACCCGCUCUUGGUUUUUCUCCUCACCCAACGCUGAACUUCAUUCACGACGCAGGGCGGAAGUACCCUGAAGCUAACACCUGUCUUACUAGAGACCCUUGAGAGGAGCAUCAGAUGGGCAAGAGGGAGGAUUCUCCAGUUGGACGAUGCAGAUGAACUUCUUCCAUUAGUGACUCAAGAAGGUGUUGACUUUUGCCUAGAGAUUACGUCAUGCAUCAUGGAAAGGCUUUCAAGUUUGGAGACGCUUAAAGGUGGAAUUGUUUUCAACAUGCGUAGUCCACAGCUUGUCGUCCUGACUUUAGAUGGCUUGACUGACUGAUCAGGAGGUCUGACCAGUGUGAUUGUUAGUGUCUGUGAUUGUACAGGUGCUUAGAAGCUAUAAAAAAUGACUUGACCUCAAAAUAAAUACCAAAGCGAAAUAAAGUGUGUGAGCGUGUGGUAGUAAAACUAAAACUGCUUGCCUUCUGAACUAC